AUGGCGAUAUCUAACUCCGUGGCAAUCUGCGGGAUCUUCGCCGUCGUAAUCGGCUUGUCGUCCUGCGCCGCUGUGACGGCAUGGUCAGUCAUAGGGCACCACCCAGCUUCAGUGGGGCAUCACCCAGCAGGCGUGGGUCAUCACCACCAUUAUUAUCACACCGCCAGCCCCCACAGCCAAUCUUUCAGCCAAGCUCCCUCUCAAUACGGUCACACUCAGUACAGUCCCGGUGACGGAUACAGUCACGACGAGCGCGACAUGCUGCGUCGGGUUGAAUCGGUGCGGCAGCAGCAGCAAGAGCGGGACAGUCAGCCACCACCGCUCUUCACCGCUGUGGCUGCCGCUGCUGCGUCAGGCGAACCCUUCCUCCUCGACUUCCCUCUCAAAAGGGCUUCUUUUGCUGCUGCUGCUGCCGCUACAACUGCUGCUACAACUGCUGCUACGGUUACUGCUACAGCUGCUGCUGCUACAGCCGGAGCAACUAGGCGGCAGCCCAGGAGAAGGCGAACAGUGAUCAUUGGGCCAGUCUCCCUGCAACGCGCCGCUACAGCCGCAGGAUACCAGCCGUCCAAGUCCCGCCCACAAGGCUCCUGCUCCUCGCUCAAGAAAGUCUACAUAAUCAACGUGACCUCUGCUGCUGAUUUCGCCGCCCGUGCCUCCCUCCCGCCCACCACCACUGUUAUUCUGUAUUUACGGAACGAUCUGACGCUGCCUAGAGGGUUGUUUUUCCGUCGGCAGCAGUCGUGCACGAUCCUCAUGUCGGCGAAAUGGCCCGGUUACACGCUCACGGGUGGUAACCCUAUGUACCCGGUGCUGCGCGUGUGGAACACAAACAACUUCCUGUCGCUGAACGUGAAUUAUAAGCUGCCGGUGACAGAAAGAAGCCCCGAGUGCACCACUGUGCCGGAGCUGGGGAAGGGAGUCACGUGCCCCGCGAUCUCUAUCCAUCGGGCCUAUGGCGUGCAGAUUGGCAAGGGCAACAUCUUUGGACGAGUGGACGUUCUAAGGAGCAUGGGUGUGCGCCUGGACUCACUCAAGGUCACCGGAGUGGCUUCCUUUGACAAGUCGCCUGGGGUGAUCCGAGUGGCCCUGUGUGGGUACGGGCCUUCGCUGCUGCAAGCCAACAUUGUCAUCUCCAACAACGAGGUGUAUGGUGUCAACACCCCAAUCGUCUUGCACAGGGGAGCAGUCGGUGUUACCGUUACCAACAACUACAUCCACGAUUAUAUAUUUGCGGGGAUUCGCUGCGGCGCGGACGUGCAUUACAGCGGAGACUGCAUGCUGACUCGCAUCAACUCCAACCUCGUGAUCUCCUCUGGGAGGAAUUUGAACGGGGACUAUGACUCGGCAGGGAUCUACUAUUGCACGCACUGGUUCAACCCUGGGAACUCCGCCCUCUGCAACUACGUGUUUAACGGCGACCACUGCUACUAUCUGGAUUACUGCACGUCGGGCGUGCUUGUGCGGGGCGGCGCGUGUGUGAAUACAUAUGACGGCAUGAAAGUGAAUAACGGCAAGAGGAACGUGAUAAAGCACGUGGCGAUGAAGGGCACACAAGGGUCGCUGGGAUGGACGUCGUGCCUCACAGUGACUGUCAACAACUGCUUGAAGGACCCCGGGGACUACUGGGAGAGGAUGCGCGUCAAGUACUACAACAGCGACCGCAUCAACCGGCUAUGGCCUUGGAUGAAGAACGUGUGCAAGGAGACAUCGGCCAAUGGUGGCGUGCCAUGUAACCCGCCAGGUCAGCCUGGUGCUGACGUCACCGGAGCAUGCAGCGGCUUGGGAACCGACAAUCUCAUCGACGUUGUAGCAGUCAACACCACCGAUUACGACUACGAGACCGCGCCGCCAUGGAAUCAGGAUGAUUAUGCGGAGCCUAUGUCGCAAGGGGAGGGGGAAGAGGAAGGGGAGGGGGAGGGGAAAGGGGACGGCAUAGCGGCCGGCAAGGGAAAGAAAGCGGAAGUAGCCGGAGAGUUUAAUUUAGAGUCCUUGGAGGGGUUGGGUGAACGACUCGGGGACAGUGAGGGCAGUGGGGGCAGUCGUGGGGAAGGGCAACGGGGAGGCGGAGGGGGAGCAGGAGGGGGAGGGAGAGGGGAAGGCGGCGGAGAAGGAAGGGGAAGGGGAAAGGGAGGCGGGAGGCGGAGAGGGGAGCAGCGGCGGUACAAGGGGGACCUUGCGGGCGGGCUGUUGGUGCGGUGGCAUGGCGGUACAGGCGCGAGUGACCAACCCAGUGACUCGACCUCAGGUGGUGACUCGUGGCAAGGUGGUGGUGAUUCAAGCAACGGUGGUGCUGGUGAUGGCGAUGCUGUUGCCACUGCUGCUGCUGUAGGUGCUGGUGCUACUGGCGGUGGUGCUGCUAGCGGUGAUGUUACUAGCGGUGGUGCUAGUAACAGUGGUGGCAACGGGGAUAGGCAAGACAGGGACUGGUUUAUGAGAGAGUGGGGGCGCAGCGGUAUGGUGCAAGAUGGUGCUGCGAACGAUGGGGGUGAUGAUGAUGCUGAUGGUGCUGAUGGUGAUGAUGGUGAUGAUGGUGAUGAUGGUGAAGGGCGGGUUGCUGUUGCUACUGCUGUGGAUGUUAGUUCGAGUAACGGUGGUGAUAGCACCAUCAGUCGUAGCAGGGGUGGUGGUGGUAGCAGCAGCAGGGGGGGGGACGACAGGGACUGGUUCAUGAGAGACUGGGGGCGCAGCGGUAUGGUGCAAGAUGCCGCUGAGAUCGAUAGGGAUGUCGCUGCUGCUGUGGAUGAUAGUGCUAGUAACGGUGGGGAUGACAGUAGAGAAGACAGGGACUGGUUCACGAGGGAGUGGGGUCACAGCGGCAUGGUGCAGGAUGGUUCUGCGACCAAUGGGGGUGAUGGUGAUGAUUCGGAUGCUGAUGAUGAGGAAAACGUUGUAAGCAGCCACGCUUUUAGGGAUGAAGGCAGGAAGGAUAAUCCCAUGGCUACAGUAGCAUCCGCGUUUGAAGCAGCUUCUGCUGGUGCUGAUGUUUCUUACUAUGAUGCGGAUUAUGGAGUCAGCAGUCAAGGCUUAAGGGAUGAAGGCAGGGAGCAAGACCCUAUGGCUACAGUAGCAUCCGCGUUUGAAGCCGCUUCUGGUGGUGCUGAUGAUACUGCUGCUGCUGAUUAUGAUGAUAAUUAUGAUUAUGGAGUCAGCGGUCAAGGCUUAAGUGAUGAAAACAGGGAGGAGGAUAACCCCAUGGCUACAGUAGCAUCCGCGUUUGAAGCAGCUUCAGGUUUCGACUAUAGGAGUGACAGCAGCAGCAGCAGCGGUGAUAGUAACGAGAGUGAUAUCAUCAGCGGUGAUAGAAGCGAAGGUGCUAGAAUGGUAGCUAUGGCAGCACGAGACGUUGCCGAGGCUCGCACCGAGCCUAGCCUAGAGUCAACAAAGGGGAGCUCUGGCUUGGGGCCUUUCACUUGGCCUUUGGAUGUUUCUGGCACUGUUGACUCUGCUGGUGCUGGUGAUGCUUAUAACGAGGAUGGUUAUGGUGGAGUGCUUGAUGCUGCUGCUGUUGAUGGAGCUGACACUACGGAGAGGAGCGGAAGUGACUAUAAGGAGGAUGUGGUUAAAGAGGAGAGUGACAAUAACGGGGAUGUGACUGAACGGGGUCGUGAUUAUAUGGCUCUUGCUGCUAAGGACGUCUCGUUUGCGCUCAUUCCACGUGGAAGCAGCCCAUUGGACGAGAAGAGAGGGGGGAAAGGGGACAAGGAACAGUGGAACAAGGAGGGGGCAGCGGAGGGAGGUGUAGGGGGAGCAGAGGAAGGGAGUGUGAAGGAAGCAAAGGGAGGGAGUGUGAAGAGGGAAAGGGUAGAGAAGAUGAAGGAAGCAGAGGGAUGGAGGGUAGAGGGGGCAGCAGCAGGGAGGGUUGAGGGAGCAGCAGCAGCAGCAGGGGGAGGGUUCAAGCGCCAUCCUAACACACCCAUGCAACCACAACGCAGCAGCAGCAGCAGCAAACAAAGCAGCGGUCAAGGCAGCAGAGGCGCUACGAAACAACGCUUGCCGGCCAAGCUCAAAGGCCCCGUCCCGUUCCCAUUCACCAUCCUGCCGCCCACAACCAACCCCAUGGCCGGCAUUCUCACGUGGCCCGUCACUUCAGUCCAAAACAGCAACAGUGCCGGCGACACCUCACCACCCCCCUCCUCCUCCCAGAAUCCCUCCCCUUCUCGCCAGCCCGCUGUCAAACGGCCGAAAGGCGGCUGCACGAGCCUUAGAGCAGUCUACGUCCUAAACAUCACCACUCCCGCAGAUUUCAACCUCCGAUUACAGAUCCCUCCCAACGUAACCGUCGUCAUGUACCUUCAAAACAACCUAGUGCUCUCCUCGGGAUUGGUGUUCGGCGUGGGGUUUUCGUGCUCGCUGCUCAUGUCUACGGUCGGGAUGUGGCCUGGGUAUACCAUAGAGUAUCCCGGGAGUGACAUGCCAGCUUUUAAGGUGGAGAAUGCGAGUAACAUCGUGUCAGUGAAUGUGAAUUGGAAGGUGGGGGUGGCACCGGGGUCGGCGGCGUGUGUGGGGUUUCAAGGGGCGGACAAGACGUCAGUAUGUCCGGCGAUCGCCAUUCACCGAUCGUACGGCGUGCAAGUGGGAGCGCCUCCAUCCGUUGCCUCCCCUGCGACCCCUGCUCCUUCCCUCUCCUCCUCCCGUUGCCUCCCCUGCGACCCUGCUCCUUCCCUCUCCUCCUCCCGUUGCCUCCCCUGCGACCCCUGCUCCUUCCCUCUCCUCCUCCCGUUGCCUCCCCUGCGACCCCUGCUCCUUCCCUCUCCUCCUCCCGUUGCCUCCCCUAUGACCCCUGCUCCUUCCCUCUCCUCCUCCCGUUGCCUCCCCUGUGACCUGCUCUCUCCCUCUUCCUCUCCUGCAGGGCACGGUCUAUGGCGGAGUAGACGUGGUGCGGAGCAUGAACUGUACGGCCGAGUAGACGUUGUUCGGAGCAUGAACGUGAGGGUCGAUUCCCUCAAGAUCACAGCCCCAUCCCUCCCCUCCGUCGCCUCCCCCGCGCACAUCCGCGUCGCGCUCUCCGGCAUCGGCCCCUCCCUCCUCAAAUCGAACGUGCUUAUAACGAAUAACGAGGUGUACAACGCGCGGAUCGGCAUCGUUUUGCACCGGGGCGCGGUGGGGGUGGCGGUGGCGAGUAACUACGUGCACGGGUUCACAAGCGCGGGCAUCAUGUGUGGCGCCGGGCCGCGAUUCGUGGGCGACUGCAUGCUCGUGAAUGUCUCUAACAACGUGGUGCAGGCUCCCUGGGGCGCCAUGCCUGGUGCUGGGAAGGCCAUUGGGAUCGUGUUUUCCACUCACUGGAUCAACCCAGGCAACAUUGCGUCAUGCAACUACGUCGUCAACGGCGCGCUCUGCUAUGACCUGGACGCGCAGUCAUCGGGUGUUUUGGUGUGGGGGGGUGCAUGCAUGUACGCGAAGCAAGGCGUGAGGAUCAACAACGGGAAGAUGUGA